CCCUACCCUUUGAGAACCCUCUUCUCCGCCACUACCCAAGCUCUCCCUUGUACCCGCCGCCGCUGCUGCUAGAGGUUUUCCAUUCGCGCACUAUCACAGAAAGCUAGCAGCAGUAGUGGUCGCUACCGUACCGCUCCGGCUGUGUCCCCAAACCUUAGCCCCGAUGCCGCAGAUAGACGGAGCCGAUGGGAUCGCCGCCGGGUGGUUCGCGACGGAGGCUGCGGCGGAGCGGCCCGGGGAGCUGCGGAGGAGCGGCUCCGCCAGCCGCCUGAACGCGCAGGCGCCGGAGUUCGUGCCGCGGGGGUCGCCGCGGGGGUCGCCGCCGGUGGCAGCGGCGGCGACGUCGGCGGUGCCGCCACUGCCGCAGGUGAUCCGCGUGUUCGCCGCACCUCCCCCGCCGCCGCGUGCGGCCUUUUUCGCGGUGCCCCCGCCCCCGCCGUUCGAGUACUACGCGCCGGUAGGGGGACGCGGUGGCUUUGCUGCCGAGGAGCAAGAGCCGGAGCCGGAGCCGGAGCACCCGCCGGCGGCGAAGGCGGAGCCAAUGGUGGACGGGCUCGCCGACGAGGUUGUGCACAAGAUCACAAAGCAGGUGGAAUACUAUUUCAGUGAUAUAAAUCUGGCUACCACAGAACAUUUGAUGAGAUUCAUUACCAAGGAUCCUGAGGGAUAUGUGCCAAUAUCAGUUAUUGCUGGUUUCAAGAAAAUAAAAGCUUUGGUGCAUAAUAACUUGAUUCUUGCUGCGGCUCUCCGAACCUCAUCAAAACUUGUUGUAAGCGAUGAUGGGAAAAGAGUCAAACGUCAGGAGGCAUUUACUGAAUCUGAUUUGCAGGAGCUCCAGUCCCGAAUUAUUGUUGCAGAGAAUCUUCCUAGUGAUCCUUGCUACCAGAACCUUAAGAAGAUAUUCUCAGCUGUGGGCAGUGUGAUUUCAAUCCGUACUUGCUAUCCUCAGACUCCAAAUGGCACUGGUCCUGUUACUAAUAGAUCUUCCAAGCUAGAUAUGCUUUUUGCUAACAAGCUGCAUGCUUUCGUGGAGUACGAGACUCCUGAGGAAGCUGAGAAGGCAAUUUUGGAGCUUAAUGAUGAGAAAAACUGGAGAAAUGGGCUUAGAGUCCGGUUACUGAAUACUUGCACGACAAAGGUGGCUGGCAAAAGCAAAAAAGGAGUGCAUGAAACUGAUGGAAAUGGCGAGGAGGAUGUCUCCACUUUGAACCAAUCAAAUGAGAAACAGUUUGAAGAAUCCUCUCAACUGUUAGAUGUAUUGCCAGAACACUUGUUUGACGAGAAGUUCAAUGACAAGGAAGUCCCAACACGCAGCAAAGGACGUGGACGUGGUGGCAGAGGGCGUAGCAAUCACCAGUAUAACAACUAUCAGCACAACAAUAACCAGCACAACCAAAACCAUCAGCAUUAUAAUCACCAUGGUACCAACCGCAGUGGUGGUAACCAUCAUGUCGGAACUCCACCACAUAACCUGAUAAUCAAGCCUGAACAGCAUCAGCAGCUGCCAAUUGGGGCCAACAAACAGCCUCCAGGCCCUCGCAUGCCCGACGGCACGCGAGGUUUCGCCAUGGGCCGAGGGAAGCCGCAAGCGAUGCUACCAGGUUUGUGUGCUGUCGGCGAGCCUUGAUCCGGUGGUUGUGGUAAUCUGAGACACAUGCUGAGUGCUGUUCUUAUGUUGAUAUAUAUAAGUAUGGUCGGAGGAUUUCUAUGUCAAAAAGUGUCUCUUGAUGGUUGAGUGUUUGAACCGUGUGUUAUGGUCAGUGCUAUGCACUGCGAAACCAGACGCGUGUUGGAUCGUGUGUUACCGUAUCCUUCUGGUUCUCUGUUUCUUUGGGUUUGUCUGUGGGAAAGCAAUUCGUGAUUACAUGAGUGCAAAAAAGCAUAGUAAAUUGUA